AUGAAGAUCCUGUUCGGUCUCGCCUUUCUUCUUUGCAUUUCAGUCGGUAAGUUAAUUUGUAUCUGUGUCUUCCUGUUCAGGCAAGGAUAAUGUUUCGUGUCAAAAAAGCGUUCUUUAUCGUUAUUUCUCUGAAUAAAUGGGUGUGGCGGGCAAUCUUGCUUACAUUUUCCGAACGAAUCGGACAAACAUAAUCGUUAUUCCCUGUGGCCUAAUAAUUUGGUUCGGAACCAAAUGUUAAAUCAUCCCCGUGUAAUAAGUUGGUAUUUUAUUAGUCUGGAAAUAAGACCGGUUAGCUUUCAGUCUUUUGCAUUUAGGGCAAAAGUGAUUUAGCUUAGUUAUGAUGACACGGAAAUUUGAUAUCGUCGGCAUCCUCUUCGACCUUCUGUUCUUCCUGUUAUUUUCUACACCAAAAGCUACUCUCUUUUUGCUGUAACUUUGUGUUAAGUGUUCACGAACAUUUCAAAUCGUAGACAGAUGCGUUGGUCGAUGAAUAUCACGAAAAGGGGUCAACGAGCUGGAAACUCACAUUAUUUUCUCGAUUAAAGGAAACGCAAGGCUUAAAUAAACUUCCAAAUAUAAGCGCUCAGAAACAGGGCAACAAGCGAGUGAUUCCACAUUUCGAUGAGGGUUGCGAAAAAUGCUGGUGAAAUCAACGUGAAAUUUCAUAUUUCAACUCGAUGAAAGUCUGACCGGGUAUUGACAUCGGAUGACAUCACUUGUAAAAUUAAAGGCCGGAAGCAAAGCUACCACACUUGCGCAUCUGACCCUGGCUAAAUUCUAUUUUUUUUUUGUUGCAAACUCCCUUAAACUCUGGGCGUUUCUCUGCGAAACCGUCUCUUUCACCAGUUUUGUCAAACACUCGGCCAACCUAAAAACAGACGGGGACUUACAUUAACUUUUCUUCUCGAAAAUUUAUCCAAAUAAAAAAAAACCUGUUGGGACAGAACACUACGCUUUAGAUAUAAGCGGCGAGUUUGGUCCAAGUUUUCGCGAGGUAUAUAGUCUCGAAGGUUACCACAAAUCAACUGCAGUGCUUGAUAAGUUCUUUUCAAAUCUACCUUAGCAUUUUAAAAAGCUUCCUGCACAAAAUUACAUCGCUUGACCGACAUAAACAUUUGCAUUGUCAAUGAAGUACCAUGCGAUUCCCUUCUUCACACGAUGACAAAAGAAAUACUAAAAUACUUUUUGAUGGGAGAGUUCAGUGUGUCAGCCCUCUUUAGGAACAGGCUGCAACGAAUGUUUCUCUCUUAAGAGCUGGGAUGACUGCAAAAACAAGACAAAAGUGGUAACCUGUUUGGACAAUCAGGACCGUUGUGGCAAAGCUGAUAUCAAAGCUGAGACCUCAGGCGUGAAAGGUGAAGUCUUUGUCAAAGGAUGUGCCACUUCAUCUGAAUGCAGCGAAAAGAAUUGCAAAAAGUUCUCCCCCUCAGGGAAAAUCACCAAAUGCGAAGUCGAGUGCUGUAAAGGUGACCUGUGCAAUGGAGCCCAAGUACCAAUGGUCAGCGCUAUCAUGCUGUUGGCAUGCGUUAUCGUAGGUUUUGCUCGUUAA